AUGGCCACUGUUGAGUUGCAACAACAGUACAAUAAUCUUAUCAACUUUCUUUAUGAGGAGGGAUUUCUGGAUGAGCAAUAUAGUCAUCUGGAGCAGCUGCAGGACAAAAGCAACCCUAAUUUUGUGGAAGAAGUGUUUUCCUUGUUUUUUGAUAACUCUCUCAAAUUGCUCCACAGCUUAGAGACCAUACUGGAUAAGGAACCAGUAGAUUACAGAAAAGUGGAGUGUUGUUUGCAUCAUCUCAAGGGUAGCAGCCCAAGGCAUGCAGUUGCAGGCAUUGAUAGAUUUUACUGGAUUUCUCUAAUGGCCUUAGUAACGGUGCUUGCAGUGUCUGCAACAAGUGAAGCAGGAAAUUAUCUUCUCAAGGACAAGCUCCAAGAUCUGUUUCAGAUAGAAGAACAAAGAGGUGGUGGAACGAUUUCAGUAAUAAAUUGA